AGUUAAUAUCUUUUUUGACAUUUUGCAAAACAAAAUGAAAUUAAUGAAAACAUAACAAUUUUCUUAUAUACAAUCACUCACUGCAUGAAAUAGGAAUCGAAUAAGGCACAAUAAACAAAAUGGAUUCAAACUCAAUAUCAGAAUCCGCUUCCUAUCCAAUCAAUGAAUCAUCAAGCGAAAAAGACACCGGCUCCCCGUCGAAAUCAAUCUGCUCGUCAGCAUCGUCUUCCUCUGAAAAUGUACACGCCCAUGAAAUGAAGGUUUUCAAAGACCAUAAAAAAUAUGGCCACUCAGAUGAUCUUCCUCUGUUGCCAGGCGAAAUAGUUCAGGAUUCGUCUUGGAAGGAUGUCACCUAUCUGUGUCCCUACUCUGACUGCAUUAAGGGAACACUGACCAUCACCAACUACAAACUGUUCUUUAAAAGCACAGACAGGGAGACUCCAUUCACCCUUGAUGUUCCCCUGGGGGUGAUCAGCCGUGUUGACAAGAUUGGCGGAACAACAAGUAGGGGAGAAAACUCCUACUGCAUUGACCUACACUGCAAGGAUAUGAGAUGCCUUCGGUUUGCCCACAAACCUGAGAAUCACUCGCGGCGAUUGGUGUAUGAAAAGAUCCACAACUUUGCCUUCCCUGUCACAAACAAGCGGCCACUGUUUGCGUUUGAGUACAAAGAAGACUAUGGUGUGGAUGGCUGGGCCGUGUACGACCAUGAGGCUGAACUACGUAGACAGGGUGUUCCUAAUGACAACUGGAGAAUCAGUCGUCUAAAUGAAAAGUUUGAUGUGAUCGACACAUACCCAAGCGUGUUUGCUGUGCCAAAAAGUGCCACUGAUGAAUUCCUGAAACAAGUGAUAGUGUUCAGGUCUCGUGGUAGAAUACCAGUGCUAUCUUGGAUCCACCCCAAAAGCCAGGCAACAAUCACAAGAUCCAGCCAGCCGCUUGUUGGGGUGACAGGAAAACGUAACCAAGAUGAUGAGAGCUUCGUUCAGAUGAUCACAGAUGCAAAUGCACACUCCAACAAACUGUACAUUAUGGAUGCAAGGCCCAGCAUGAAUGCUGUAGCCAACAAGGCAAAGGGAGGUGGAUUCGAGAGUGAGGAUGCGUAUAAUGGGGCGGAGGUUGUCUUCCUGGACAUACACAACAUACAUGUGAUGAGAGAAAGUUUACGGAAGCUGAGAGAUGUUGUCUAUCCGACAAUAGAUGAUGCUAAAUGGCUGAGCAACAUAGACUCAACACACUGGCUUGAACAUAUCAAGCAAAUCAUGGCAGGAGCAGUUAAGAUUGCAGACAAAGUAGAGAACAACAAGACAUCAGUGCUGGUCCACUGUAGUGAUGGCUGGGACAGGACAGCCCAGCUAACCUCUCUAGCAAUGAUUAUGUUAGAUCCAUACUUCAGAACCAUAAUUGGUUUUGAGGUUCUCUUGGAGAAGGAGUGGCUAGCCAUCGGACACAAGUUUGCCCAGCGGGUGGGGCAUGGCGAGGACAAACACUCUGACGCUGACCGCUCACCUGUCUUCCUGCAGUUCAUUGACUGUGUCUGGCAGAUGACCAAACAGUUCCCAAAUGCAUUUGAAUUCAACGAGUACUUCCUGAUCAUAAUCCUCGACCAUCUGUACAGCUGUCUAUUUGGAACGUUCCUGUGUAACACUGAGGCGGCCAGGAUGAAGGAAAUGAAAGUGAAAGAGACCACGAAGUCCCUAUGGUCAUAUGUAAACUCUGACAAGGAUGAGUUCCGAAACCCGCUGUACGCAGAGUAUCUCCACCAGCAUGUCUUGUUUCCGGUGGCGAGCAUGCGACGAAUAGAGAUCUGGACACACUACUACUGCCGCUGGAACCCUCGCAUGAGACCUCAGGAACCAACCCACCUACGUAACCGAGAACUGCUGGUGUUACGGGCCCAGCUUCAACAAAAGGUUCUAGAACUACAGAAGGAGCUGGAAACCAAGAACUCUAGGGGGAUGCUGGCCAGUUCCCCGCCUAGGGUCUCCUCUCCUGUCAACGUGUAGCAUGGAUGGAAACCAAGACCUCAAUGGGGGAUGCUGGCCAGUUCCCCGCCAAGGGUCUCGUCUCCUGUCAAUAUGUAGCCUGGAUGGGAACUAGAAACACUUGAAGCUUUCAAAGUGGUUUCCCAUGUAGAACCCCCGCAUUCUUAAAACCAAGAACAAUUCCUGCUUACUGGUUCCAGUCUCAAUGCAUCCUGUCUUAUGUCAAGGUGCAAUAAUGCUUGAAACCAAAAUAAAUCUAUUCUGACUGGUUCCCCUCACACGUUUGCUGAGAACCAUUAAUUAUACUUUAACCUGGCAACAAAUGGCAAUGCUUGAAAUAAGGAUAUAUAAAACGAUAUAUAUCAAUUCUGCACCCUAUGUGCAAAAUUGAGGUAUUCUAGUUUGAAACAGAUGUACAGAAAUACUUCUAACAAUAAUUGUCGAGCUGAAUGGAAUUGUUAGCAAACCGCAUUGUUAGCAUCAUAUUCAUCAUUAUUCAGACUUAAAAUAUUAGUACUACAUACUAGUAUGUUGUAUUAUAUUGAUCAGACACACAGGAGCAGCUUAUUGCAUUGAUCUUUUAUUACUACUAUUCUCAAUAAGAUCUUAUUUCACAACACUGCUGAGUCAGCACAAGUGAUGUACAUGUUACAUAAUAUUAUUUAAACAGAAAAUUAUGUACAAGUUUGUUGAUCUGCUGGACAAAAAUGUGAUGAUAAUUUGUAAUAAGUGCACUUGUUUGUGAAAUAGUGAUUUAUACUUUUGAAGUUCUAACCAUUUCUAAGUUAAUGAUUGAAAGUAUUAAAAGUUAUUAAAUUUAUAUUUUUCAACCCACCAAACCAUUAUGGCAGCAAGGAAAGGGUUCUUGCUUUUUUGUGCAAUAAUGUACAUAAUUUUUAGUUUGCUUUAGUAUUUGUAUUAGGCUAUGAUUAUUAUAGUAGUAUGAUUAUUAUAGUAAGUUUCAUUUAUUAAGACUACCGGUAUAUCUUUAAGGUCUGUUGGAAGUUUAUAAUCUUUUGUUGUAAUUCUUAUUGUUUUGAUGUUUUUAUAUAAUGCACUGUGUCUAAAUUUUAUGAUUUUAUACAAUUUAAAGUUACGAAAUAGAAGUCUAGGUUUAGGCUUCAAGUCUGUUGUAUAAACAUAAUGUGUUUUAUGUGUUAGAAUAAACAAAGAGAAACGCAAUGCAAGUAAAUGAAUUAAUUUUAA